UGUUGCUUUAAGCUGGACCUAGAGAAAGCGACGGGAGAGCCAGAAGCUGCGUGGUGGGCCCCGGAUUUCCUUGCCCCUGCAGAAAAACAAAACCACAUACGAGAAGGAGGAGAGGAGGAGGAGGAAGAAGAAGAACCAGAACCACCAGCAGCGUGUGAGCUUCAGAUCUGCUUGGUCCCCGUCUUUAGCGCUUGGCAUUUAUUUAAUCAGUGCAUUGAGAUUAAUACAUUCUGCGCUCUCUCUUUAUAUUACUUUUUGAGGGGCUGCUUCUGCUGCUUGCUUGCUUCCUCCCUCCCUCCUUCUCUCCCCCGCGAGCCCGGAUCGCGACCCACACAGCAAGAAAAGCACUUGACAGAUCAAGCAGCGAUCGAGCUCAAUCAAAGGCAGCGACCCUCGCCGCCACCCCUGCGCCGCCGAUCCGCGUUGACAGGCGGCGAGAGCAACAGCAGCGCCGCGGCAGCCCUUGUUACCCCCACCCCGCGCCUCAUACACACAGCCAGCCCUUGGAGGAAGGGAAGCAAAUAACAGAGAAGAGGGAGGGUAACGCAGCAGCAAGCGCACCGCAGAAAUAAGGAAGAAGGAACGCCGCUUCUCUUGCACAGGCAUCAUGUGGGUCUGUUUGUAAGAGGGGUGGUGGGGGGGCCGAUCCCCUCUCCUUCCCUCCCCCACCCCGCUCUCCCCUCUCAGCACACGCUUAGGCACGGGCACACGCACCGACAAGGAAGAGGAGGCGAGGGAGCCGCAGAGGCCGCGGGAAUAAUCAGAGAAUUGAUUGUGAGAAAAGGAAAGCAGAAGAAAUAUUUCCUGACAAGAUGGCCGACUUGGAGGCUGUGCUCGCCGAUGUGAGCUACUUGAUGGCUAUGGAGAAAAGUAAAUCUACUCCUGCGGCCAGAGCAAGCAAGAAGAUUGUACUACCUGAGCCAAGCAUCCGCAGUGUUAUGCAGAAAUACUUGGAAGACCGGAGUGAGGUGACCUUUGACAAGAUAUUUUUGCAGAAGAUUGGGUUCCUGCUGUUCCGGGAUUUCUGCCUGAAUCAGGUGGAGGAGGCCAAACCCCUGGUGGAAUUCUAUGAAGAGAUCAAAAAGUAUGAGAAGCUGGACUCCGAUGAGGAACGAGCUAUUAAGAGCCGCCAGAUCUUUGACACAUACAUCAUGAAGGAACUGCUGUCCUGCUCUCACCCCUUCUCCAAGAUGGCCACAGAGUAUGUGCAGACCCGCCUCAGCAAGAAGCAAGUUCCACCUGAUCUUUUCCAGCCGUACAUUGAAGAGAUCUGCCUGCGUCUGCGUGGGACUAUCUUCCAGAGGUUCAUUGAGAGUGACAAGUUCACACGCUUCUGCCAGUGGAAGAAUGUGGAGCUGAACAUCCAUCUGACCAUGAAUGACUUCAGCGUUCACCGGAUCAUUGGCCGCGGCGGUUUUGGCGAGGUCUAUGGCUGCCGGAAAGCAGACACGGGAAAAAUGUAUGCCAUGAAGUGUCUGGAUAAGAAGCGAAUUAAGAUGAAGCAAGGGGAGACAUUGGCCCUGAAUGAGCGCAUCAUGCUGUCACUUGUCAGCACUGGGGAUUGCCCCUUCAUCGUGUGCAUGUCGUAUGCCUUCCAAACGCCUGACAAGCUCAGCUUCAUCCUGGACCUCAUGAAUGGAGGUGACCUACAUUAUCACCUCUCCCAGCAUGGGGUUUUCUCCGAGACCGAAAUGCGUUUCUAUGCGGCAGAGAUCAUCCUGGGGCUGGAGCACAUGCACAACCGCUUUGUGGUGUAUCGUGACCUCAAGCCAGCCAACAUCUUGCUGGAUGAGUUUGGCCAUGUCCGCAUCUCGGAUCUGGGGCUUGCUUGCGACUUCUCCAAGAAGAAGCCUCACGCCAGCGUCGGCACGCAUGGGUACAUGGCGCCAGAAGUGCUGCAGAAGGGCGUCGCCUACGAUAGCAGCGCUGACUGGUUCUCUCUAGGCUGCAUGCUCUUCAAACUACUGAGGGGGCACAGCCCCUUUCGGCAGCACAAGACUAAGGACAAGCACGAGAUCGACCGCAUGACCCUCACGAUGGCUGUGGAGCUGCCGGAGUCCUUCUCACCUGAGCUGCGCUCUCUGCUGGACGGGCUGUUGCAGAGAGAUGUCAACCGUCGCCUAGGUUGCAUGGGCCGCGGGGCGCUUGAGGUGAAGGAGAGUCCCUUCUUCCAGGGUCUAGAUUGGCAGAUGGUUUUCCUCCAGAAGUAUCCUCCCCCCUUGAUCCCACCACGUGGAGAGGUGAAUGCAGCCGAUGCUUUUGACAUCGGUUCCUUUGAUGAAGAGGACACCAAAGGAAUUAAGCUAUUGGAUAGCGACCAGGAGCUCUAUCGCAAUUUUCCACUCACCAUCUCAGAGCGCUGGCAGCAGGAGGUGACAGAGACCGUUUUUGACACCGUCAAUGCUGAGACUGACAAGCUGGAGGCCCGCAAAAAGGCCAAGAACAAGCUGUUGGGUCAUGAGGAAGAUUAUGCCCUGGGCAAGGACUGCAUCAUGCAUGGCUACAUGUCAAAACUGGGGAACCCUUUCCUCACUCAGUGGCAGAGGCGAUACUUCUAUCUCUUCCCAAAUCGGUUGGAGUGGCGCGGAGAGGGAGAAUCCCCGCAGUCCCUGCUCACUAUGGAAGAGAUCCAGUCAGUGGAGGAGACGCAGAUAAAGGAUCGAAAGUGCAUCCUGCUGAAGAUCAGGGGAGGCAAGCAGUUUGUCCUGCAGUGUGAUAGCGACCCGGAAUUGGUGCAAUGGAAGAAGGAGCUGCGUGAUGCCUACCAGGAAGCUCAGCAGCUGCUGCAAAGGGUGCCCAAAAUGAAACAUAAGCCACGCUCUCCGGUGGUGGAGCUCAGCAAGGUCCCCCUGAUCCAGCGCAGCAGCAGCAGCACCAACGGCCUCUGACCCUCCUCACGUUCCUCUCCCAUCCUUAAUUUAUUCGGCUGGGUUUGUCCACCGCCCCCACCCUCUCUCCUGUCUCUCUUUACUGAUCGUUGUGACGUCCACCCCAGCCCCCUGGGGUAUUGUAGUGAGGGGGUGGGGCAUCCAGAAGGUGUGGGACAGGCUUCCCCAUUCCCCACCCUGCCCCACCCCCCAGCACAAGGGGAUUGAUAACCAUUUAAGGGAAAGGAGCCUGGUUGGUAAGGCGGAUAAGAGUCUGCCCGUCCCCCACUAAAGCAAGGCUGGGAUUAAGGCCCUGCCUCUCUAUAGGACCAAUGGAAGAUGUCCUCAGGUGUGCCAUGCAUCUUGAGCCCUUCCUUCUUCCUCCCUGUGGUGCCAAACAUGUGCUAGUGCACCCAUGAGGAGCAUCAUGGAGCCUGAGCACUUAGGCCUUGCUCCCCAUGGGGUGCGUGGAAGGCAUAUCCUUUGAGUUAGUCCCGUUAGUCCCCAUUAGCAGGGAUGAAGAGAAAUCUGCGUGACAAUCUGAAUUCCAGCCCUUUGACCUUCCAGCGCCAGGCUCCGAUGAGGGUUCUGCAGCAGAUCCUGCCAAAAGAGUACUCUGGUUCUGGCAGGGAGAGUGCAUUUUUCACUGCCUCUACCUUUUGCUCAAAAUGUAUUGGUUAGGCAGCCGUUGUGCCAUAAGCAUCCCUUUCAGGAUUGGCUGGGUUUCCACUCUAAGGGGUGAUAAGGAAUUGCCUUGAAACUAUUACCCACUAACAGCUAUUUCCAGUGAAAAUGAAGGCUUACUCCUGUUCUCUUCCCUUUCCUGAGUUCAGGUCCUUAACCCUUUACCUACGCCCUCUUCUUGUCCCUCGAGCUGCCAUUCCACAUCUGAAAAUCCUGACCCGGGGCGCUCACUGCUCCUGCAGCAGCCUUAGGAAUCGCGAUCCUCUGCCUGUGCUCUUCUGCUACCCUAGGCUUGAGCAGGCGUUCUCAAUCAACUGUGCCAAAUUUCAAGAUGAUUUUUGUGCCCGUCCCACUUGGCCCAGUGGAGAGAGUGUAAAGUCAUACUCCCUGUAACUCCUCGGCCGGAUCUGGGGCAAGUUCCUUGCAUUUGACUUGCCCCAAACUGUAUUAUUGCCUCUGACGUGUCUCCUUGGGGUAGGGGGAGAACUGCCUCUGCUCUGCCCUCUCCACUGCCAAACCCCAUCCUGCUUUGCUGUGGAAAGAGAGAGGGGCAGGAGGCUUCAUGCCAAAAGAGAUUCUGAGCCCUCUGCCCAGGGCCUCUUCGAGUGGGGGCUGGAGUGGGGGGCGCAGGAGCUGGAAGCUCAGCCUGGAUGAGGCCCUGUGCCAACUCCCAUGUGUUUGAAGGAUUUUGUAAAUAUCUCUGUGCCAAGGGGCCAGGCUGAGUUUGAAAAACUGGGCCCACUCUUCCUCUCCUUUCCAGUAUGCCUUGUAUGAACAGCGUUGCCCCCUCCCCUAGCAGUGUUAUGAUUUCUCCCACAGGAUGGCGAGAAAUCUCAGGUUGAAUUCACCCUGUGUCCCUCUUCCCCCUUCCACUUGCGGUUAGCAGAGGGGCUGGGGUGGAUGGGUUUUGGUUGGGGCUCAGCUCUCGUCCCCAUGGUCUCAUGCCCCAAGCGCAUGCGAUUGCCUCUGCUGCAUGCCCUCACCCCCACCCCCCUGUGAUGAGUUUUGCCUGUUCUGCCACCUAAACGCCCACAUUCCUUCCAAGGUUUACGGCCCUGGAAGGGGAGAGGUGGAACGAAGCCCCUUUCCCUGCAGUGUUUGUAAAUAUUGAUCUCUGGUUUGUCUCUCUGGGUUAUUAUUAUGGAUUUUUUGCCGAUUUUUGAAUGUGAUUUUAAUGAGUGGGAUAAAGACUGUUUUUAUAAUAAAAAAAAUCCAAAACCCACAACUGUAGAAUGGAUAGGCUCUUCUGUGGCCUUCAUUAGCAGCGCGCAUAAAACAAGUCACUGAUGUAGAUUUAAGCUUACAUAUGAAGGUGGCUUACAUCGAGUCCGGGCAUUUGAAGCCCAGCAUUGUCUAUUCUGUCUGGCAGACAGGCUCUCCAAGAACUUAGUUAAGGGCCUUGCCCAGUCAGGCCUGAGAUUAUUUAGACUGGAGACUAUUGAAUCCUGGACCUUAUGCAUGCAAAGAAUGUGUUCUGUCAUAA